AUGUGUAUAAUUUCCGCAGCCAUGGACCCCCCAUUGACCCCAACGCCUGGCAUCGAGGCCCUGCGACAGCCCACUUCGCCUUCCUCCUCAACAGCUAGCCCGCGAAAACGCCCUCAGCGCACCGAUUAUCCACUUCAAACCGAUACAAAACCUGGGAACGGUCCAAUGGGCGGUCGCCUUCAAGACCGAGGACCUGCUACGACAUCGGAGACCCAGACCCGCUUCGAAGCGGCCCCCGCGCCUGAUAACGAACCUGGCAAGUCAAAGUCUGCCAAACGCAAGAAGAAUCGCAAUCGCAAGCGUCGCAACCGCCAGGAGUCAUUCCUUACUCCCGCCAAAGAAGAAUCCCACCGGCCUGCCUCCGGCUCGGGGUCCGGCGGUGUGAGAGGAGAUUCAAUGGAGGGCGAUAGGCCAACUUCCAAGGAUAACUCGUACUUCAAAUUGGGCAGGAAUCUGAGUAAUACUAGUCUCGAGAGUGAUGCUCUUCUUGACCAUCGGGACCAGCCGAUGAUGAGGCCCCGUCGCGAUAGCCGAGUCGGUUCAUCGUUUCGCCCUAGCUCGCUACUUUCAAGCGGAUUCCGAGGAUCCGAAGGUCGCCAGCGCAAUACACCUGGUCCUGGCGGAGGACGCAAUCAGCAAUAUCAGGAUGGGGAUAGCGAUGGAGACGAGACGAACGACCGAACGCCGUUGAUCCGUGGCUCAUCAGGGCAUGCCUCUGCAACUACUCGCUAUGGAGCAGACUCAAGGACUAGCCCCUUCUCUUCUCGUCCACGACGACCAUCUGUCCAGACCGCAUCCUCGGGAAUCUCUCCAGGAAGCCACCCAAGCCCGAUAUACUCGCCAGACGCAGACCGGGACUAUGAUGUCAAUAACCCGCCAUCCAUCCCCGGGUCGCCGAAAUUGGGCCCGGAUAUGAACUACGACGAUGCCCUGAUGACCGGUGCUGAAUUUGAUUUUGUUUUAGCUCGUUCAGCAGAGCUUCGGAGGGGGUCAUCGGGUCCAUUGAGUGAGAGCUUAAUCAACAUUGAAGGAGGUCCUCCACCGAACCAUUCAGCCCCGUCGUCUCCUCAAUCUGGGUUCUUCUCUCCUCAGGAUUUGCGCCGUCGCCGUACAGUUGCUCUGCCAGUUGAAGAAGACGUUUGCUUUCCUAACGAGAAUAUAUCCGAGCUGGGUGAUGAGGGUUCGCGCAUCCAUCGUGAUGAACUUGUUGAACGUCGACGACGUAGGCAUCGACGGUGGCCCGAUCUUUCUGUGUUGGAAGAAUGGAGUCGUGAGGAGAAAGAGGAUCGCAGUGGUGAUCUCCGUGUUAAGAAGAUUAGUGAGCCUAUGCUUAUUGAAGGCCGUCUUCGUCCUCAGUAUAAGCUAUGGCGGCGCGAGGAAGAUGAGGCUCCUUACCGAUUUACCUACUUCAACGAGGAAUUCCAAAGCACGAUCCACGCCCAAACAAUAUCAGAACUGGUGCAGCCUGGAAGUAGCUUCAAAGAGCUAUUCAUCCCCGACCCUCCUGAAUUGGACGAGUCGUCCGAUGAUUCUGAUUUGGAAGAUCACUUUGGACAUGAGCAUGACUACUUCGCCGCUGGUGGUGGACUUCGGAGUCAGAGCUCCCAGAACGAUCUUAAAACUCAACAUCCAGAUCCACGAAGUGAUACAGCCACUCCUAUAUUACAUACUACAACCAAAAAUGGCCAGGACUUUGUCCAAGCUUCGGCAACAACCAAUGGUUCCCGUGGCCAGUCUCGCCUGUCAGUCAUCAGCGAAGGACACCCAGAUUCCCACCGAGAGCUUUCGCCUUCCCAUUCGAAUCUUGCGCCCAAGCCCAAGAAAUUCGGCCCUCGACCAACAUUCUGGCUAGAUGUGCUUUCGCCAACCGACGCCGAGAUGCGCGUCAUCGCGAAGACCUUUGGAAUUCACGCGUUGACAGCGGAGGAUAUCAUGAUGCAAGAAGCGCGCGAGAAGGUGGAGCUGUUCCGCAGUUACUACUUUGUCAACUAUCGGACCUUCGAACAAGAUACAAACAGCGAAGACUAUCUGGAACCCGUGAACAUGUACGUGGUAGUAUUCCGGGAAGGAGUGAUCUCAUUUCAUUUUUCGCAAACCCCGCACCCAGCCAACGUGCGACGACGCAUUCGCCAACUUAUGGACUACCUGAUUCUGAGCUCGGACUGGAUUUCCUACGCUUUGAUUGAUGACAUUACCGACGUAUUCGGACCUCUCAUCCAAGCCAUCGAGGACGAAGUCGACGACAUUGACGAAAUGAUUAUGCAGAUGCACCCUUCCAGCAAAGACGCAUCCAAUGGAAGUCUGCAACCCUCCUUUGCACCGGGUGAAAUGCUGCGGCGAACAGGCGAGUGCCGAAAGAAGGUCAUGGGACUAUACCGUCUACUCAGUAACAAGGCAGAUGUCGUCAAGGGGUUCGCCAAGCGCUGUAAUGAGCAGUGGGAGGUGGCGCCCAAGUCGGAGAUUGGUCUGUACCUUGGCGAUAUUCAAGAUCACAUCAUGACCAUGACAGGAAAUUUAACACACUACGAAACGCUUCUGUCUCGUGCGCAUUCCAACUACUUAGCGCAGAUCAAUAUCCUGAUGAAUGAGCGUCAGGAGCAGACUGCCGAUGUCUUGGGAAAACUUACUGUGCUUGGUACCAUCGUGCUCCCCAUGAAUAUCAUCUGUGGUAUGUGGGGAAUGAAUGUCAAAGUACCCGGUCAGGAUAUAGAGAGCCUUUCUUGGUUUUGGUCGAGUGAGUCCUUCCCUUUCCUUCCCCGUUCCUGUUUGGUCACGGGUGGUUUGGUAUUUUUCGGCCUUGCCUCGUUCCUGAUUGCCAAGCGAGUCUAUAAAAUUGUUUAG